AUGGAGCUGAACCCGGAGCUGCUGGUGCCGGUCGCGCUCUUCUACCUGGUGCUGCGCGGGCUGGACACGGUCGAGGACGACAUGACGAUCCCGCUGGACGAGAAGGUGCCGAUCCUGCGCAACUUCUACAAGACGAUGCUCGAGGACGGGUGGCAGUACCACAAGAGCCAGGAGAAGGACCGGGCGCUGCUGGAGCACUUUGACGUGGUGGUGACGGAGCUCAAGAAGAUACCCAAGUCGCACCUGGACGUGAUCCAGGACAUUGCCCAGAAGAUGGGCAGCGGCAUGGCCGACUACGUGCAGAACGACGACAUGAUCAAGAACGGCGUCAAGACGAUCGACGAGUACGAGCUGUACUGCCACUACGUCGCCGGCCUGGUGGGCGAGGGUCUGACCCGCCUCUUCCUCGCCUCGGACCUGGCCCACCCCAAGCUGGCCGAGCGGCCGCAGCUGACCGAGUCCAUGGGCCAGAUGCUGCAGAAGGUCAACAUCAUCCGCGACAUCCGCGAGGACUGGGACGAUGGCCGCCGCUGGUACCCCCGCGAGGUCUGGAGCAAGUACGUCGACGAGUGGGACCACAUGUUCGACCCCAAGUACCGCGACCAGGCCCUCAACUGCGUGUCCGAGAUGGUCCUCCACGCCCUCAAGCACACCGAGGAGUGCCUCUUCUACAUGGCCGGCAUGCGCGAGCAGUCCGUCUUCAACUUCGUCGCCAUCCCCCAGGGCAUGGCCAUCGCCACCCUCGACGCCGUCUUCCGCAACCCCGCCAUCUUUGAGCGCAACGUCAAGAUCACAAAGGGCGAGGCCUGCAAGAUCAUGCUCGAGUCUACCCAGAACCUCCAGACCGAGUGCGAAGUCUUCCGUCGCUACGUCAAGUCGAUCCAGAAGAAGAACGACCCCAAGGAUCCCAACUUCCUGGCCAUCAGCACUCAGUGUGCCAAGGUAUGUCUCGCCAGCCUCUAUAUGAUUUCUGCCAAGGAAAAGAAAAGAGAGAGAGAGAGAGGAGAGAAAGAGAGAGGAGAGAGAGAGGGGGAGGAGAGAAUGAUGACUAACUCUACCCAGAUUGAACAGUUCAUCGAGACCCUCUUCCCCAAGCAGGACCCUCAGAAGCUCUCCAAGGAGCUAGAGGCCAAGCGCAAGGACGUCGGCGGCGAGCUCACCUCGAGCCCCCGCGACGCCAUACUCAUCUUCAGCAUCGCCAUCGGCUGCCUCGUCUUCGUCGCGGGCAUCAUGUUUUUCAUCGCCUGGAUGUUCGGAGCCAAGUUUGGCAACUGGCUCGACGACAUCGACACCAAGCGUCUUACCGGGGUUGCCAGCUCCAGCGCUGCGGGGGCCGCUACCCAGGCGGCUGCCAUUGGCCACGAAGAAUUGUAA